UAACCACCCCUCCAACCCCAAACACAACUGAGAUAAUAAUGACAAUGGCAAGUCCUUCAGCAUCUACUUCAACAGAAAUACCAAACUUUACCACCUUUUCAACCCUAGUCCCCAAAACAACUGAGGGAGUAACAACAAUGACAAGUGCUUCCACAUCCACUCCAAUGGCAGAGACAUCAAGCUUUAACACCUUUUCAACUCUGAACCCAAACCCAACUGAGGGAGUAACAACAAUGACAAGUGCUUCCACAUCCACUCCAACAGCAGAGACAUCAAGCUUUACCACCCUUUCAACCCUGGUCCCAAACACAACUGAGGGAGUAGUGACAAAGACAAGUGCUUCAACAUCUACUCAAACAGCAGAGACAUCAAGCUCUACCACCCUUUCAACCCUGGUCCCAAACACAAGUGAGGGAGUAACAAAAAUGACAAGUGCCUCAACAUCUACACCAACAUCAGAAACACCAAGCUCUACCACCCUUUCAACCCUGGUCCCAAACACAACUGAGGGAGUAACAACAAUGACAAGUUCCUCAACAUCUACACUAACAUCAGAAAUGCCAAGCUUUAACACCCUUUCAACUCUGAUCCCAAACACAACUGAGGGAGUAAAGACAUUGACAAUUGCCUCAACCUCUACUCCAACACCAGAAACACCAAGCUUUAGCACCCUUUCAACCCUGGUCCCAAACACAACUCAUGGAAUAAUGACAAUGACAAGUGCUUCAACAUCUACUCCAACAGCAGAGACAUCAAGCUCUACCACCCUUUCAACCCUGGUCCCAAACACAAGUGAGGGAGUAACAAAAAUGACAAGUGCCUCAACAUCAACACCAACAUCAGAAACACCAAGCUCUACCACCCUUUCAACCCUGGUCCCAAACACAACUGAGGGAGUAACAACAAUGACAAGUGCCUCAACAUCUACACUAACAUCAGAAACACCAAGCUCUACCACCCUUUCAACCCUGGUCCCAAACACAAGUGAGGGAGUAACAAAAAUGACAAGUGCCUCAACAUCUACACCAACAUCAGAAACACCAAGCUCUACCACCCUUUCAACCCUGGUCCCAAACACAAGUGAGGGAGUAACAAAAAUGACAAGUGCCUCAACAUCAACACCAACAUCAGAAACACCAAGCUCUACCACCCUUUCAACCCUGGUCCCAAACACAAGUGAGGGAGUAACAAAAAUGACAAGUGCCUCAACAUCUACACCAACAUCAGAAACACCAAGCUCUACCACCCUUUCAACCCUGGUCCCAAACACAAGUGAGGGAGUAACAAAAAUGACAAGUGCCUCAACAUCCACACUAACAUCAGAAACACCAAGCUCUACCACCCUUUCAACCCUGGUCCCAAACACAAGUGAGGGAGUAACAAAAAUGACAAGUGCCUCAACAUCUACACCAACAUCAGAAACACCAAGCUCUACCACCCUUUCAACCCUGGUCCCAAGCACAACUGAGGGAGUAACAACAAUGACAAGUGCCUCAACAUCUACACUAACAUCAGAAACACCAAGCUUUAACAUCUUUUCAGCUCUGAUCCCAAACACAACUGAGGGAGUAAAGACAUUGACAAUUGCCUCAACCUCUACUCCAACACCAGAAACACCAAGCUUUAUCACCCUUUCAACCCUGGUCCCAAACACAACUGAGGGAGUAACGACAAUGACAAGUUCUUCAACAUCCACUCCAACAGCAGAAACAUCAAGCUUUACCACCCUUUCAACUCUGGUCCCAAACACAACCGAGGGAGUAACAACAAUGACAAGUGCCUCAACAUCUACUCCAACAUCAGAAACACCAAGCUUUACCACCCUUUCAACCCUGGUCCCAAACACAACUAAGAGAGUAACAACUAUGACAAGAUUCUCAAUAUCUACUCCAACAGCAAAGACAUCAAAAGUUACCAUCCUUACAACCCUGUUCACAAACACAACUGAGAUUAUAAAGACAAGUGCUACUCCAACAUCUAUUCCACCAACAUCAACUGCCACAAGUACUCCAACAACAACAACCAUGGUUGCCUCAUCAAAACCAGCAAUAAAAACAACACCUAGUCAAACUUCUACAACAAAACAACCAACACCUAUUACAAAACCACCACCAGCAGCAACAACAGCAAAACCAACAACAAAACCACCACCAACAAUAAAACCAACAACAAAACCACCACCAACAAUAAAACCAAAAACAAAACCACCACCAACUACAACAAAAUCAUCAACAACAAUAAAACCACCACUAACAACAAGAGCGAAGCCAACAACUAAACCAUCACCACCACCAACAAGACUAACAACACCUAAUCCUGUAACUCGUCAGAUGUCACUGGCAAUAGAUGAGACAUUUGAUUCAAGCCUAAAUAACAAGAACAGUGAAAAAUUCAAGGGACAUAAAUCAAAAAUUGAGGCGGCUAUCAAAGACACUUAUAAGAAUGAAAAAAACUUUGUUUCUGCCACUGUCACAGGUUUUAGACCUGGAAGUGUGAUUGUAGACUUUUUUAUUACAUCAUCUCAAGAGAUUCAGAGUAAUGAGGCAAUAAACCAAGCUCUUUCCAGCAAUCUGAAACAGUUUCAAUUCAAUGUUGAUCCAGCUUCAAUUGCUGCAACUGAGUGGACUAACCUGGUGAAGUCUAGGGAAGCAGUGUUUCCUGAACAAAAAAUACAACUCUACUGCCCCACCACUGAUCACCUUGGGGGAAUAGAAUGGACAGUACAAGGAAAACAAGUACAGUUAAACAGUCACUAUGAGCUCUCAGCAGAUGGCCUCUACCUCACAGUCAACAACGUUAACAAAAAUGACAAUGGUCGUUAUGAAUGCUUGUACAAAACAAACACUGGGCUACAUCGUAAAUGGGAUGAAAUUGACUUUAUUAAGCCAUAUCCUAGUAUGCAAACACCUGCUAACAAGACAUUCAAAUGUGUUGAUCAAAUGGUCCAACUAAGUUGCUGUGUGCAUUCUAACUACUCUGUAAACUGGGUAGAGGGCACAAAAAUGUUGAGCACCAAAUCUGAUUUUAGAAAAUGUAGUACAUACUUGUUUAGUGUCACAAGUGAAAGUUGUGGGAAAAAAAACAUAUUCAUCUGCAUACUGGACAAUAAAGAUUUGCUUGGAUUCUCAUACAGCUCAAAGGCUGUGGAAUUGGUUAUUUCUGCACAGCAAAGCCCAAAUAGCCCUGUCACAUGUAAUGAUAACAUAUAUGGUUUUGGAAAUGUUGGUAUUAAUGCAAUUGGAGACUGUGAGGGGAAUAAAAUUGGCAGCAGAAAAGGAAUAUGUCAACCUAAUGGCACUUGGACAACUACCGAGGAUGACUGUGUUCUUCGUAUCAUUGAGGAAUUAAAACAGGAAUCACAGGCUUUAAAUACUGCAACUUUAACAACAUUUGUGCAUAAAGUGAACAAUGCAACCACAGUAAAUAAAGCUGACAUAGUUCAGUCUUCAGCUACAGUCGCUAAUCUUGUGGAAAUCCUGAACACUAUUGCAGAUGUGUCACAGAAUAUUCAGUUGGAUGAGGCUGUGAUAACAGAUUUCCUUGAAAUAGUGGAAGUCAUUUCAUCAGAGGCAACAAAGCCUGUAUGGGAAAUUUUAAACACAGGAGGUGUAAGCCAAGGCAACAGCUCUCAACUCCUAAAUGCCAUUGAAAAUGUAUUAAAAGCAGCAUCAAAUGACUCUUUCAACAUAAUAAGUCCUACCAACGCAUUCCUGUUCCGAAAGAUAACCACGUCCAACAGUUUUUUUAAGGAUGUAUUAAAGCUCAACUCCACAGCUGAAAUUGGCAUCCCAGAUAUUUCAUCCAAUGCCACAGUCACAACAGCAGCCUUUUCCACUUUGAACAACAUUAUGCCGGUGAGAAAUCGCACUGACAACUCAAAAAAGAGUGUAAAUGUCAUCAAUGGACUCAUUGUUGUAGUGAAAACAAGUGUAACCAUCAGCAACAUAAGCCUGAGCUUUCAAAAGCUGAAUAAUUCAGGGAAUAUAGCAAACUCUCAAUGUGUUUUCUGGGAUUUUAAACUUUUUAAUGGCACUGGAGGAUGGGACUCAACAGGGUGUGAGCGAAUACACGACAAUGGCAGUAUCACUUGUAGAUGCAAUCAUACCACCUCAUUUUCAAUAUUGAUGUCCCCUUCUGCUCCCGAGGAUCUUGCCUUGUCUGUAAUUACCUACGUUGGAGUUGGCAUUUCAUUAGCCAGCUUGGUGGUGUGCCUGAUCAUCGAAAUUAUCAUCUGGAAGGACAUAUCGCGAAAUGCUACUUCACAUAUGCGGCAUGUUUUCAUGGUAAACAUUGCACUUUCUCUCCUGAUUGCCGAUGUAUUGUUCAUUAUUGGGGCUGCCAUCACCAAGCCUGGAAAGGACAUCAUUAACCCGUGUAGUGCAGUUGUGUUCUUCACCCACUUCUUCUACCUGGCCCUUUUCUUCUGGAUGUUGGUCUCAGCCCUGUUGCUCCUUUACCGCACCACCAUGGUCUUCUCUCACAUGUCCAAAUCAGUCAUGUUGGCAAUUGCCUUCAGCGUGGGCUAUGGUGCACCUCUCAUCAUCUCAAUCAUUACGGUCGCGGUCACAGUUGAAAGUAAGAGCUACAUCACAAGGAGUGGAACAUGCUGGCUGAACUGGGACAUUUCCAACGCACUUUUGGCUUUUGUAGUUCCAGCUCUGAUCAUUGUGGCUGUCAACAUUGCUAUUGUGAUAAUGGUUGUGAUCAAACUUGUCAGGAGGAGGGUAGGAGAGAAUUCCAGAGAUGAAAGAAAUGUCUUGACAGCCAUUGUCAGAUGUGUGGCCAUAUUAACGCCCAUCUUUGGCAUCACGUGGGGUCUUGGCUUUGGGAUCAUGUUUCAACCUAAAGCUUUGGCGAUCCAUUACUUGUUUGCAAUCUUCAACUCCAUGCAGGGCUUCUUUAUUUUGGUCCUUGGAAUACUGAUGGAAAAGAAGGUUAGAGAGGCCCUUAUAUCAAGAUUUAGAAACAUUGGAUCCAGUGCCACACAUAGUUCAAGUUUCAGAACCUACAACAACAGUGCCUCCAACAGAACAACUUUCACUAAUGUUAUUAACACCCUUCUGAGAAGAGAGAGGCAUGCUAGGUCACCUACCAAUUUACACUCUGGAGCAUCUGAAUCUUUUAUGAAUGCUUAGCUGGACAGAUGAACCAAAUAAUUUCCUGUUGGAAAUCAGGAGUUCUUUCAUGCCUUUCUUCAACAAUGUCUUUCCAAAAGUGCCUUUUUUCCCCCCAGAUCUUUCUCCAACAAUGACUUUCCAAAAGAUUCACACUACUACAGGAGUUGAUUAAAAUUUAAAUAUUAAGUACUUUUUCCAAUGUUUUCUAUUGGAUUAACAGAUUGGCCAAUUAAGUAAAAAUAUCAGACAAUUUGUAUAAGACUUAUGAAACCAAAAAUGUUAUUGAAGUUACCUUUCAAGCUCUGUUUAGAGUCCAAUCAAACUUUCCUUUGCUCUUCCACUUUAAUAAAUCCAUGAAUGACAAACACUUGGUUCAUACAGUAUGUGUAUAUUAGAGGUGCUUGCUCAGAUUUAGGGUUAGAAAAUAUAUUACUUUUCUAAGCAAUCUGACCUGAUGGAUGAUAAAAAUAACAGAGGGGGGACCCAAGCCCAAUAUGAUACCAAGAAUCCCAAUUGUGUACAAUUUCACAAAAUACUGUUGGAGAACUGGGCCUUGAACGUGUACGGUACUAAAACAGUCCAAAAUGUAACAUUUAGCCUAAUGCAUUGGGUGAUGUUGUUAUAUUGCUGAUGUUAAGGUUCUGAUGUCUGACUUGAUAGCUUUAAAGGAGGAAAUAAGGCUCACACACCAUGUAUCUCAAUAACCUGCCAGUUAUUAUUUGAUUAUUUUUUAUCUUUUUUUUUUUUAUUAUUAUUAUAGAAAACAUUUGUCCUACAAAAUAAAAUCACUGUAUU